AUGGACGCGCCGUUCAUUACACCCGGGGAGCUGCUGUGUCUGGGCUCCAGCCUUGCCUUCUCCGGCCUCUUCUACUACCUGUACAGGAAGAAAACCAGAGUCGUGGCACGCAUACAGGAGGCCCCAAAGCUCCAGGUUGAUGAUGAUUUACCAGCAUUGGUGUCUGCAGCUGAUGGGAGGUGCCUGCCUUAUGUUGCCCUGGAAGGCAUAGUGCUGCCAGCCAGAGCUGCGCUGACCAGCCAUUACCAUGGACUGCAGGGUGUGAUCCAGAAACUGCUUUUGAAAGAGCAUCGGCUGGUCUGGAACAGCUUGGCCCGGAGCUGGAGCGAGAGUGAGCGGGUGCUCUCAGAGCAGGUCUACACUGUCCCCUUCUUGCUGGCCUCACCAGACACUGGGGCAGUGACGCAGGUGAGCGUGGAGA